UAUCAGGUUCAAUUGGUCUGAGGCCCGAGGCUGCGAGCCCCGCCCGCGUGCCCCGCCCGAGGCCGGGCGGAGGUGACGUCAGCGGCCCCGCUCCCUUUUCCUGACGCAAUCUCCGCGCGACCCGGAUCCUUCCGGCUUCCCCAGUUUGGGGGACGUCCAGGUCGGGCUCAGUUCCACGGAGGAAGGUGCAAGGAGUUGUUGCAGGACCGAGUUGGCCAAGGCAGCGAAGGGACCUCGGCGCAAAGGCUGGUCCUCAGCCAGCGUCCAGCGGGGCCGAGAGGGCGGUCGUGCUGUGGGCCCGGGAAGUGACGUGAGCCUGCGUCCCGGGUAUCUCAUCUGCUGCCGUCCUCUCCAGUAGCUCCCUUUGUAAAUUUUAUUUUUCGAAAAAAAAAAAGGACUUUCCGCUGUUAGAGUCGUGUUGACGUCGCGGUGUCCUCCCGCCUCUUGGACCUGGCGACUGCUGCGAGUGGGGAGCAGUUCUUUUCAGGGAUCCAUUCAGCCUACUUGAAGAAAAGAUAAAAGCAGAAAAGAUGGCAGACUGCCUGAUAAACUAUUACCGGGACUUGGUGACCUUUGAGGAUGUGGCUGUGAACUUCACUCAAGAAGAGUGGAUUUUAUUGGAUCAAACUCACAGAGACCUAUACAGAGAUGUGAUGCUAGAGAACUACCAGAACCUGGUCUCCUUAGGAUGUGAACCCACCAAACCCAGUCUCAUCUCAUGGUUAGAACAAGAAGAGGAUAUGCAGACCGGAGAUCUCCAAGAAUGGAAAAUGCACGUUAGCACUGAAGAGGCAGCAUUUCAGCAGAAUAUAUUGAAGGAACGAAUUUCCAGUGGAAUACAAAUGACGGGAAACCAAAAUGCAGGGGAACUCUGUAACUAUCUGCAAUAUGGAGAAAUCUUCAGUGAACACUCAUAUUUCAAGACACACAUGAAGAUUCAAAAUUCAAGGAACCCUUGUGACUCUAAUCAGUAUGGAAGGUAUUUUCCUACUACUCACAAAACCUCUACUGAACAGACACUCUCUGUGUUGAGUCAGUGUGAAAGAGCUUUUAGCCUGACUCCAAAUGAUGUUUACCAGAAAACCAUCACACAAGACAAAUCCUUUGAAUGCAAUGACUAUGCCUUCCUCAAUCAGCCAUACUUUCAGGCUCAUUUGAGAAAUCACAAUGGAGAAAAACUCUUUGAAUUGAAGCAGUAUGCAGGAGAUUUUACAUUUCCCACAAGUGGAACUGUGCCUAUUCAAAUGUAUACCAUAAAAGCCUAUGAGUGUAAAGUUUGUGGGAAAGUAUUUGGAUAUUCUUCAAACCUAAAUAGUCACAUGCGAACCCACACUGGGGAAAAACCCUAUGAAUGUAAGGUUUGUGGAAAAGUAUUUGGUUAUUCUUCAAAUCUUAAUAGUCACAUGCGAACCCACACAGGGGAGAAACUCUAUGAAUGUAAGGAAUGUAGGAAGUCCUUCACUACUUCUUCAAGCCUAACUGAACAUUUCAGAAUUCAUACUGGAGAGAAACCCUAUAAAUGUAAAGAAUGUGGAAAAGCCUUCACUAAACGCUCAGGCCUUACCACACACGUACAGACACACACUGGAGAGAAGCCCUAUGUAUGUAAGGCAUGUGGGAAAGCCUUUACUGCCGCUUCAAACCUAACUGAACAUUUAAGAAUUCAUACUGGAGAGAAACCCUAUCAAUGUGAGGAAUGCGGUAAAGCCUUCCAUGCUUCUUCCUACCUGCGUAAACAUGUAAGAACUCACACUGGAGAGAAGCCCUAUGAAUGUGAAAAAUGCGGGAAAGCCUUCCAUGCUUCCUCAUACUUACGGAAACAUGUAAGAACUCACACUGGAGAGAGACCUUAUCAAUGUAGAGAAUGUGGGAAAGCCUACAAAAGGUGUUACUUGCUAACUGAACAUUUAAAAACUCACACAGUGGAGAAGCCCUUUGAAUGUAAGUUAUGUGGAAAAUCCUUUAGAAGUUCUGCCUGCCGUAAUAAACACAUUCGAAUUCAUACUGGAGUAAAACCUUAUAAAUGUAAAUACUGUGGGAAAGCUUUCACUGUUUCCUCAAGUCUAGCUGAACAUGUAAGAACUCACACUGGAGAGAGGCCCUAUGAAUGUAAGGAAUGUGGGAAAGCCUUCACAACUUCUUCAUGUCUCAUUGUGCACAUAAGAACCCACACUGGAGAGAAACCUUAUGAAUGUAAGGAAUGUGGGAAAGCCUACAAAAGGUGUUAUCUGCUGACUGAACAUGUAAAAACUCACACCGGGGAAAAGCCCUUUCAAUGUAAGGUAUGUGGAAAAUUUUUUGGAAAUUCUUCAUGUCUUAAUAAGCACAUUCGAAUUCAUACUGGAAUAAAACCAUAUAAAUGUAAGUAUUGUGGGAAAGCCUUCACCGUUUCUUCAAGCCUAGCUGAACAUGUAAGAACUCACACAGGGGAGAAACCCUAUGAAUGUAAGGAAUGUGGGAAAUCCUUCACUACAUCCUCAAACCUAUAUCACCAUGUAAGAAUUCACACUAGGGAGAAGCCCUGUAAAUAUCAGGAAUGUGAGAACACCUAUAAUAGGCUUUAUUUGCUAACAGAACAUUUAAUGACUCAAACUGAACAGAAACCCUUUGAAUGGAAGGAAUGCCGAAAAUCCUUUAGAAGUUCUUCACGUCUUAAUCAUCACACUGGAAUUUUUACUGAUGAAAAACCUUAUUAAUGUGAAGAAUGUGGAACAGCCCUCAAUUAUGCCAGUUUAUUUCAAAGGAUUGAAAGACCUCUAUUCUCAAGAUGCCCCAUGAAUUUAAGAAUUGUGUUAGAAUCAUUGGAAUCUGAUCAUGAUGCAGUAUUGUGAGAACUCAUCCUGGAGCCAUAUAAUGUAACAAACAUGAAAAUCGUAAUUCUCAGGGACCUAUUAAAUAUAUAGGCUCUUCCAGUGGAGAGAAAACACUGUUGAUGUAUGAUAUGUGGAAAAGUUGUAAUUGUUAAAUACUUUGAUGUUCAUUUGACCUCACAGUGGAGAAAAACUUUAUUGUAUAGGUGAGGAAGGAUGCAAAGUCAAUUUUUUACAUAUUAUCCUUCAGCCUUUAAAAACAGCGAUUCACACACAAGAAAAAGUGAAUGUUUAGAUAUGAAAAUUGCAUCCCCACCCCUGAAAUCUUGUAUGUUGACAGACAUACCACCUUCUGAAUGAUUCUUUACAUUUAGUUUGAAUAUUUAUGAGUCCACCUUGAUCAUUCCUGGUGGGAUAUAUCUGUUUCUUGUAUAGCAAAACCAUUCCAGUCAAGGUGCUAGACCUUUCUGAUGGCAUCUAGCCAAAAAUGAGCCUUUUGGAAACAAAAGUAUCCUAUACUAUUUGUUUAUUUGUUGUUCCUGGGAUUGAACUCAGGGUCUCACACAUGCCAAGUGUAUACUCUACCACUGAGUUGCACCCCCAGCACAAAUCCUAUUUUAGCAUUGAAGAUUCUCUCGUCAUGCUUUUAAACAUGGUUCACUAAUAGUAACUCACACUAGCCAAAUUUAGGCUAUAAUAUAGCUCUCAAUGUUGUUCAAAUGCUCUUGCUCCUCUCUUACCUGAUUUUUAAAUUCAUAUUAAAAAGGGCAUGUGGAAAAAAGGUUGAGUGAAUAGCUGGUAGUGUGACAGACCUCAGUUUCAUGGCUGUGGAGGAAAAGCCAGAUCCUUGAACCUGAGAAUAGGAAUUCCUUUAACUUGGGGAGGGAGGGAGGGAGAGACCUAGAUUUUCUUUUUCUUUAUAGAUUCAUUCCAUGAUUGGAAAAUAAAUCAUAUUCCUGAGUCAAACAACAGCUUGGACUGACAACUAGAUUUUCUGGAUUUGCCUUUUCAUAUAAGAUGAAAAAUAGCAAGAACUCUGGACAUGGCUGGUAUCAUGUUCUGCUAUGCUGGAAAUCAUCACUGACUUUGAAUAUGGCCUUUCACAGACCAACUCAACCAGAUUUCAGUCUGAGUGACCCAACAUUUAUAUAUGCUUGAGCAACUUUUGAUUCUGUCAUGUGCUGCCCUCAGGGCUGCAGACCUUUCUUUGGCUUUUUUUUUUUUUAAGAAAGAGUGAGAGAGGAGAGAGAGAAUUUUUUAAUAUUUAUUUUUUAGUUAUCGGUGGACACAAACAUCUUUGUUUGUAUGUGGUGCUGAGGAUCGAACCCGGGCCGCUCGCGUGCCAGGCAAGCGCGCUACCGCUUGAGCCACAUCCCCAGCCCCUUUCUUUGGCUUUUAAUCCAGCCAGUGUAGAGGUAUUCCAAAUCACACUAAACAAUAAUCCUGAACAGAAGAGACCUGUGCACUUUCAUGUUCCAUGUGUUUCUUGUGAGGAGUGGUAAUGGAAUAAUUCUCUUGUGGGUGUGAGUGUUACUGUUAGGCACAAUUGUUAUUGCCAUUACCUAUUGGCGAUGACAAUAAAGGUGAUCACAUCAAUCUGG